UAUACACAACUAGGGAACAAACCAACCGGCACAUUUAAAGCAGCCUUUUUAACCCCGAGACUUUCCAAGAUCUCUUCCUCCCCCAGGAAGUUUCCUUUUUUUCUAUUGUCAGACUUAGCACCGUGCUCUUGUAAUCAGAUCAGAGAGCUAGGAUCUCUGCUGCACAGUAGAGAGGCUUCCUUAAGAUAUUUGUCCUUGAAACUGCACCAAACUCUUGGAAGAACCCAGAACCUUGCUGUUGGGAAAGUGUUCUGCAUUCAAUAGCAUUGUUGGCUGUCCCCUGUAAUGAAAUUCUGGAGAAAGAGAGCCCAGAAACCCAGAAGAAUUGAGGCCUGAUUAGUAUUUUGAGCUGGCAAUUUAUUGGUUCAUCAGUGAAACAAUAUUAAGUUAUGAAGAUGUGAGAAAAGUUCCUGUGCUCACAUUAUUGAAGUUUGAAAGUUUUCUAGGGAACCCUAUAAUAUUCAGAAGAGGAUAGAGAAGGAGACUCCCAGAGCUGAAAGGGCUUCUCUGCAGAAUGUCAAGCAAAGAUCGACACAUUGAUUCUAGCUGUUCGUCAUAUAUCAAGACGGAACCCUCAAGCCCUGCCUCCUUAACGGACAGCAUCAACCACCACAGCCCCGGUGGCUCUUCAGACGCCAGCGGGAGCUAUAGUUCAACCAUGAAUGGCCAUCAGAAUGGACUUGACUCACCACCUCUGUACCCUUCUGCCCCAGUCCUUGGCGGUAACGGGCCUGUCAGGAAAAGAUAUGAUGAUUGUUCCAGCACCAUUGCAGAAGAUUCGCAGACCAAGUGUGAAUACAUGCUAAACUCCAUGCCCAAGAGACUAUGCUUGGUGUGUGGUGAUAUUGCAUCUGGGUACCACUAUGGGGUAGCUUCAUGUGAAGCCUGCAAGGCCUUCUUCAAGAGGACAAUUCAAGGUAAUAUAGAAUACAGCUGCCCAGCCACAAAUGAAUGUGAAAUCACAAAGCGCAGACGCAAAUCCUGCCAGGCCUGCCGUUUCAUGAAAUGUCUAAAAGUUGGCAUGCUGAAGGAAGGGGUACGUCUUGACAGAGUACGUGGCGGCCGCCAGAAGUACAAACGCAGAAUAGAUGCAGAAAAUAGCCCGUACCUGAACCCUCAGCUGGUUCAGCCAGCCAAAAAGCCAUUGCUCUGGUCCGUUCCUGCAGAUAACAAGAUUGUCUCACAUUUGCUGGUGGCUGAACCGGAGAAGAUCUAUGCCAUGCCUGACCCUACUGUUCCAGACAGUGACAUCAAAGCUCUCACUACCCUCUGUGACCUGGCUGACCGAGAAUUGGUGGUCAUCAUUGGAUGGGCUAAACAUAUUCCAGGUUUCUCUACUUUGUCUCUGGCUGAUCAGAUGAGCCUUCUGCAAAGUGCUUGGAUGGAGAUUUUGAUCCUUGGUGUUGUAUACAGAUCCCUUUCUUUUGAGGAUGAACUUGUCUAUGCAGAAGAUUAUAUUAUGGAUGAAGAUCAGUCCAAAUUAGCAGGCCUCCUUGACCUCAACAAUGCCAUCCUGCAGCUGGUAAAGAAAUACAAGAGCAUGAAGCUGGAGAAAGAAGAGUUUGUCACCCUCAAAGCUAUAGCGCUUGCUAAUUCAGAUUCAAUGCACAUAGAAGAUGUUGAAGCCGUUCAGAAACUUCAAGAUGUCUUACAUGAGGCUCUUCAGGAUUACGAGGCUGGCCAACACAUGGAAGACCCUCGUCGGGCUGGCAAGAUGUUGAUGACUCUCCCGCUUCUGAGGCAAACCUCUACCAAGGCUGUGCAGCAUUUCUACAACAUCAAAUUGGAAGGCAAAGUUCCUAUGCACAAACUUUUUUUGGAAAUGCUGGAAGCCAAGGUCUGACUAAAAGUACCCUAGACCUUCCCAUCAUGCACGCUGAAAAAGGGAAAAUAAACAGGAGAGUUAAUGGCAAAGAAACUUUAAUGACAACCACAUCAAAGUGACUGCACUGAUCAUUUAGCAGCAAGACUGUGAUGCAGCUUUCAACUUCCUCUGUAUCUUUGGAUGCAGUCUCUCUACUAUAUCUCUUAUCCUGUCAUUCACUUUGUUCCUUUCCUACAAGCAUCCCUUUCCACCAUCUCUCUUCCCCCUUCUCCUUUCUUCUCUCUCAUCAACCUUCCCUCCUUCUUUCCUU